CGCAAUUUUUAAGAGUGUAUCGAAGUGAAGUAUAACAUAACAGCUGACUUUUGUUAUUGUUAUUCUUUGGAACAUGAACCUCUGUUUUUAAGAUUUGCAAGCAAUUAAUUAAUUUUUGAAUUCUUUUGAUUGUUUCUACCUUCUUUAUACGAUGAACUCAAUGGAUACUACUGAGAACGAUACUGAAGCCGCAAGAACAGUACACAGUAGAUUAUCAAAACAACAAAAAACGUUGCUACAAAGCUUGGUGGACAAUUCACCCGCUCUACAGGUAAGAUCGAUUCCUUCCGAAGAUUCGCAAAAACUUUGGUCGGAAAUAGCCACUCAGCUGAAUCAAGCUCCAGGUCCAACAAAAACAUGGGUGCAAUGGAGACAGACUUGGAGGGACAUAAAAAAGAAUUCUGAUAUCGAAGCCGCAAGAACAGCACACAGUAAAUUAUCAAGACAACAAAAAACGAUGCUGCAAAGCUUAGUGGACAAUUUACCCGCUCUUCAGAUAGGUUCUAUUCCUUCCGACGACUCACAAAAUCUUUGGUCGAAAAUAGCCACUCAGCUGAAUCAAAUUCCAGGUGCUACAAAAACAUGGGUGCAAUGGAGACAGACUUGGAGGGACAUAAAAAAGAAUUCAAAGAAAUCGCAGUCGCAAAUCCUUUACGAUUCCGACAGAUUUACGGAUCAUGAAUGGUCAAUUUCGGAUGAAAUGGUUUACGAUAAAAUCAACAUCAGCGGUGCAGCAAAGGAUGAUAAUGGUGACGAUUCAGAUGAUAAUGAAGAAUUUUUUGCGAAACGACGAAGAGCCAAAAAUAUGUCAAAAACCCAAAAGAAACUUUUGUACAAAUUAGUUAGUUCUAACGCAACCCUACAGAAAAAGAAACAUGAGACCAGCACAGUGCAUUGCCUGAAAAAACAGAAAGAAUGGCAACAAAUUGCAGUAAAAUUGAAUUCCAUAGCAGGACCCCGCAAGACUUGGGUACAAUGGAAAAAAUGCUGGCACGAUAUUCGGACGUAUUACGUGCAACGGAAUGCGAUUGAUCAACUGUCUGAUUCAGAUAGUAAUGACGUUGACAUGAGCUAUACAGAUGCCGCAAUCGUAACAAGCCCUAACGAAAUGUCUGACUGUACGCCCAGUAUCGCCCAAUUGAUUUGUUUGGCCACGAAAAUGGCAGAACACCGAAACGAAGCCAACGCAAACGUUUGGAUAUCUCUGAGCAAUAAUUUGAAUGCCAUCGGCCCGUGUGUAAAGGAUUGCCGUGGAUGGAAAAAUAUUUGGAACGAUCAUAAAAAGAAAAUAAAGGAACUAGUUGUCGAAAAUGGGGCUAGGAAUCUAGAUAAUCUAGAACGACUAACCUACGAGUGCAUUCAACGAGACCGAAGUAGAAACGAUUCUGCGAGCUGUAUCUUGAAAGCACAACAAUUACGACUUCUACAGCGCACGGUCGAUCACGAAUGUAACGCCGUUGGCAGUUUAGUGGCUGUUAAAUUACGAUCAAUGGAAAAAGAACAAAAACUCAUUGCCGAAAAGCUGAUUUCGGAGGUUCUGUUCCAAGGUCAAAUGGAAAUGUUUCAGUAUUCCGAUAAGGCUGUAGAUAUACCGGGCUACUUCUGAUUAAAUUUAACAAAAAAAUCGUAA